UGGCGGGGCUGGGACAGAGGUCCGCGGCUGAGGCUAGCGCGGCGGCGGGGCUGGCCCUGGACUCGCGGCCGCCGAGGGGUCCCAGGGGACUCCCGAGGCCCUGUCCCUGGGCCUCAGUGCUUUCAACUGGAGCAGAAGCGACUGGAAGGCAGACCAGCCACCAUGUCGUCGUUCCGACAGGAAGACGUGGAGGACCACUACGAGAUGGGCGAGGAGCUGGGCAGUGGCCAGUUUGCAAUCGUGCGGAAGUGCCGGCAGAAGGGCACUGGAAAGGAGUAUGCGGCCAAGUUCAUCAAGAAGCGCCGCCUGGCGUCCAGCCGGCGUGGUGUCAGCCGGGAGGAGAUCGAGCGGGAGGUGAGCAUCCUGCGGGAGAUCCGGCACCCCAACAUCAUCACUCUGCAUGACGUCUUUGAGAACAAGACGGACGUGGUGCUCAUCCUGGAGCUGGUCUCUGGUGGGGAGCUCUUCGACUUCCUGGCAGAAAAGGAGUCGUUGACCGAGGACGAGGCCACCCAGUUCCUCAAGCAGAUCCUGGAUGGCGUUCACUACCUUCACUCCAAGCGCAUCGCUCAUUUCGACCUUAAGCCAGAAAAUAUCAUGCUUCUGGACAAGAAUGUGCCUGACCCCCGGAUCAAGCUCAUCGACUUUGGCAUUGCCCACAAGAUUGAAGCAGGGAAUGAGUUCAAGAACAUCUUCGGCACCCCGGAGUUUGUGGCUCCUGAGAUUGUCAACUAUGAGCCCCUGGGCCUGGAGGCAGACAUGUGGAGCAUUGGCGUCAUCACCUACAUCCUCCUUAGUGGCGCGUCCCCAUUCCUGGGUGAGACCAAGCAGGAGACCUUGACCAACAUCUCGGCCGUGAACUACGACUUCGACGAGGAGUACUUCAGCAGCACCAGCGAGCUGGCCAAGGACUUCAUCCGCCGGCUGCUUGUCAAAGAUCCCAAGAGGAGAAUGACCAUCGCCCAGAGCCUGGAGCAUUCCUGGAUCAAGGCCAUCCGGCGGCGCAAUGUCCGCAGUGAGGACAGCAGCAAGAAGCCCGAGCGGCGGCGCCUGAAGACCACGCGGCUCAAGGAGUACACCAUCAAGUCGCACUCGAGCAUGCCGCCCAACAACACCUACGCCAACUUCGAGCGCUUCUCCAAGGUGCUGGAGGAGGUGGCGGCCGCCGAGGAGGGGCUGCGCGAGCUGGAGCGCGGCCGCCGGCUGUGCCGCGAGGACGUGGAGGCGCUGACGGCCAUCUACGAGGAGAAAGAGGCCUGGUACAAGGAGGAGAGCGACAGCCUGGGCCAGGACCUGAGGCGGCUGCGGCAGGAGCUGCACAGGACGGAGGCGCUGCAGCGGCAGGCGCAGGAGGAGGCCAGGGGCGCCCUGCUGGGGGCCAGCGGGCUCAAGCGCCGCUUCAGCCGCCUCGAGAACCGCUACGAGGCGCUGGCCAAGCAGGUGGCCUCCGAGAUGCGCUUUGUGCAGGACCUGGUGCGCGCCCUGGAGCAGGAGAAGCUGCAGGGCGGGGAGUGCAGCCUGCGCUAGUGGCCUGGUCACCCCUCUGCAGCCCCAGGGUCACGCCGGCCUGGCCGCCACCCAGGCCACCCUCUCCUCAGCAGGACCACCUCCCCUGUGGCCAGGGCCUUAGCUUCUGCGCAGGCUUGGAAAGGGGCCACCGCCCAGACGGCACUGGCGAUGGUGGGUGUCAUGGCCUGGAGCACUGCCUGGUGGUGGGGGUGGCGGCCAGGGCCCCUGAGCAGGCAGGCAGAAGCUGACAGCCUGGAGUGGUGUCUGUCCGUGGGUUCAUGCUGGGCAGCGGGCCCCAUCCUGUCCAGCAGGUGGCUCUUGAGCCCCAAUCAGCCCUGUCCACAAAUGCUUGCUGUGUGACGUGCCUGGCCUUGUGCUGCGUCCUGAUGAUCAAACUGUGCUGGUGAUUGAUGCCCUUCCCGCUGGUCUGGCCUGGUGCAGCCGCACAGUUCUAUAACCCCAGUGGCUUUAGAGGCUGAGGCAGGAGGAUGCAAGUUCAAAGCCAGCCUCAUCAGCUUAGUGAGACC